AUGUGCAGCAAGCCGUAUGGUGUGCAACUGGCGUUCUCACCGCGCCUCUAUGCCAAGCACUUGGUGAACGAGGACCUGUAUCGUGAACAGCACAUGGUCACCUGCGACGACGACCUGCCCCUCGUCACCAUGGCUGCGCCAACAUGCAAGGCCUUGUGCCUUGACCUCACAUGGAACUCAAAGCGAGCCAUCAACGGCCAAUACGGCGCAUGCCUGCUGCAGCAGCGAGAUCUGGUCGGGGACAUGCUCACAGCAGCUACACAGCAGGGCCACAAAGUGUUUGCUGGCGUGCGCGUGACUGAUGAGACGCAGGAUGUUGAGGGCCUUGUGCGAAUGGUGGAGAAAUCAGGCUGCGUGGGCAUUGUCGUUGACACACGCACGACAGAGGAGACAGCAGCAAUCUGCAACUGGGAUGUCGUGGCCCGCAUCAAGGCCCUCACGGCUCUCCCCGUAUUGGCCCACGCAUCUCUCAACUCCCCCAACGAGAUUCAGCCAUUCCUCAAACACACAGGUGCUGAUGCCGUUGUAGCCACGACCGAGCUCCUCUUCCAGCCAACCCUCUUCUCCCUCGAAUCAACAACAGCAACAACACCUUCAUCAUCGACAGCAACACCUUCAGCCGUGAGUUCGCUCGAUUUGGCCGCACGGUACCUGCAGCUGUUCCGACAGCACAUGGCGUUUCCGUUCUUCGCUCGCUGGCACCUCUGCCACCUCCUCCACUCCACCCUCCUCCACAUGCCAGACAUCUUCGACGACGUCCACAACGCCAACACGCCGGCGGCUCUGGAGAGAGUGUUGGAAGAGAUCAAGACAAAGGCUGCAGCGGCCGCGUUGGGAGCAGACGUGAAUGCGUGUCGCAUUUGUCCGCCGCUCGCGUAUCAUUCGGCCCCGGACACCGCAUCCAUCCUCCGAUAUGAAGGCGACGUGGACCAGGCUGCGGCUGCGCGGUCGUGGGCGAGUGACCUGGUUGCUGCCGGUGUGCUGCCGUCGAAUCACGUGGAUAUGCACAAGCGGCUCGAGUACGAUCCAAAUUGCGGUCACGAGCGCAAACUCAACCAGCUCGCAAAGCGCAAGUUGAAGCGAAUUGGGUUCCAGAAGCAGCAGAAGGAGGAAAAGGCAAAACAACGCAAGCAACGACGACGGGCAGCACGGGAGGCCGGGGCUGAGGAUCAAGCGGAGAAGAAGGCAAAGACGGAGCAAGUGGAGAAGAAAACGAAGCAAGAGCAGCGGGAAGAGCGACGCGCGCGUGUGCUGGCAGCCAUGCAGUCGCCAACCGCCAUCCGAGUUGCCAUCGACAUGGGCCUUGGUGACGCCAUGAACAGGAAAGAGAUUGUCAAGUUGAGCGAUCAGAUUCGACGCCUCUACGGCGCUAACCUCCGCGCACAGCACCCGUGCCACCUGCACCUGACCAGUCUCGAUCCCAACGGCCUCCCAUAUCGCCUGUGCAAGCAGCGCAAUGUUGGAUUCGACGACUACUUGGCCACCAUGACUGACAAGACUCACAUUCACCACUUUGACCCAAGCGAGAUUGUCUUCCUCACGCCAGAUUCCCCAAACGUUCUCGUCGACCUUGUUCCCUCUAAGACGUAUGUGUUUGGCGGUUUGGUGGACGAGAGCAUCCAGAAAAACUUCACGCUCAACCGUGCACAGAAGGCUGGCAUUGUGACUGCUCGUUUGCCCAUUCUGGAGUUCAGCAACGCAAAGGCCACCAAGUAUGCACCCGUCCUCUCCAUCAACCAGGUGUUUGAUGCGUUUCUGAAGGUGAUACAUGGCGAGGGGUGGCGUGAGGGCCUUCGUGCAGCCGUGCCGGAGCGAAAGGGAUUUGCGCUGUACUCUGAGGAGAAAAUCAACGCCACGGUGCAACACAUGAAAGAACAGAGCGUGGAUGGCGUUUACAUGCAGGCAACUAGCUACGACGACAACAACAACGACAAGGCCGAUGGUGGUGGCGUUGAUGUGGUGGACGCGAAGACACCGGCACCAGCAGUGGCGAAUGCAACGAACCAACAAGACGCCGAGCAGCUCGCAGCCCCGAUGGACGAGGGCGAAACGAAGGGUGAGCACUCUGAGGAAACUGCACCUGCACCAGCCGCAGCUUGA